GCCCCGCGAGCGAAACCAGGCGACCGCGGCGCGACAGCGGCCCCCGGGGCAAGGGGCUCCGACGUGCCUCCCCGGCCGCCGCCUCGGUCGCCCACGCCCGCGGCUCCCGGUUCCCCGCGCCCCUCCCUUCGCCGGGUCCCCGCCUGUCCGCUGCCGCGCCCGCGGCCGCCGCCGCCCUCGGAGGCUUGUCCCUCGCCGCCCGCCGUAGCCCGGCGCUGGCCGGUCGCCGUUUCCAAGAUGGCCGCGGCGCGAGCGGCUCCUGCGGCGGGUUAGAGGCGGAGGCGGAGCCGAGUCACUCCCGCACUUCGGGGCUCCCGUCCCCCGCGCCAGGCUGCAGCUUACUGCCCGCCGCGGCCAUGCGAGGCCCCGUGCACGGAUGAGAGAAGCCGCCGCCGCCGCCGAGCUCGUCCCCCCGCCCGCCUUCGCCGUCACCCCCGCCGCCGCCAUGGAGGAGCCGCCGCCGCCGCCGCCGCCGCCGCCGCCGCCGGGACCCGAGCCUGAGCCCGAGCCCGAGCGCUACCGGGCGGCGAGGCCAGAGUGCACCUUGGGAGAUUCAGCUUGCAGGAAUUCUGAGUCUGAUGCAGAGGACUUUUCAGAUGAAGCCAACACGGAGAACCUUUAUGGCACCUCUCCCCCCAGCACACCUCGGCAGAUGAAACGCAUGUCCGCCAAGCACCAGAGGAAUAGCGUAGGGAAGCCUGCCGGUCGAUCCGGUGUGAAAGGUGAGUCUGAAAAAACGAAUGCACCAAACCAGCCUCCACACAAAGACACUGGAAAAACGGUGGAGAAUGUGGAAGAAUACAGCUAUAAGCAGGAGAAAAAGAUCCGAGCAGCUCUUAGGACAACAGAGCGUGAUCAUAAGAAAAAUGUGCAGUGCUCCUUCAUGUUGGACUCAGUGGGUGGGUCUUUGCCCAAAAAAUCAAUUCCAGAUGUGGAUCUGAAUAAGCCUUACCUCAGUCUUGGCUGCAGCAACGCUAAGCUUCCGGUAUCCGUGCCCAUGCCUAUAGCCAGAACUGCACGCCAGACUUCUAGGACUGACUGUCCAGCAGAUCGCUUAAAGUUUUUUGAGACUUUGCGACUCCUGCUAAAGCUUACCUCAGUCUCAAAGAAGAAGGACAGGGAGCAAAGAGGACAGGAAAAUACGUCUGCUUUCUGGUUUAACCGAUCUAAUGAACUGAUCUGGUUAGAGCUACAAGCCUGGCAUGCGGGACGGACCAUUAAUGACCAGGACCUCUUUUUAUAUACAGCCCGUCAAGCCAUCCCAGAUAUUAUCAAUGAAAUCCUUACUUUCAAAGUUAAUUAUGGGAGCUUUGCCUUUGUUAGAAAUGGAGCUAGUUUUAAUGGUACUUCAGUAGAAGGGCAGUGCAGAGCCCCUCAUGGAGCAAAGAUGGUGGGUUACUCGACGUACCACGAGCAUCUCCAACGCCAGAGGGUGUCGUUUGAGCAGGUAAAGCGGAUAAUGGAGCUGCUGGAGUACAUAGAAGCACUUUAUCCAUCAUUGCAGGCUCUUCAAAAGGACUACGAAAAAUAUGCUGCGAAAGACUUCCAGGACAGGGUGCAGGCACUCUGUCUGUGGUUAAACAUCACGAAAGACUUAAACCAGAAGUUAAGGAUUAUGGGCACUGUUUUGGGCAUCAAGAAUUUAUCAGACAUUGGCUGGCCAGUGUUUGAAAUCCCUUCUCCUCGAUCAUCCAAAGGCAACGAGCCGGAAGAUGAGGGUGAUUACACAGAAGGGGACUUGAGAGAGCUGGCAAGUAGCGCAGACGAGAGCGAGGAAGAGCAGCUCUCAGGUCCGAGGGCCCCGGAGCCCACACAGCCCACUGCCAGCAGUUGCAGCGUCCAUUCGCACGACUGUGUGCGGAAGAAGCUCGAGAGGCUUGCGUCUGAGGACGAGUCCGUGGGCUGGGGAGCGCCAGACUGCAGCGCGGAAGCAGGCUUUAGCAGACAUUGUCUGACUUCUAUUUAUAGACCAUUUGUAGACAAAGCACUGAAGCAAAUGGGGUUAAGAAAGCUAAUCUUACGACUUCACAAGCUGAUGGACGGUUCCUUGCAAAGGGCACGUAUAGCACUGGUAAAGAGUGACCGUCCAGUGGAGUUUUCCGAAUUUCCACACCCCAUGUGGGGUUCCGAUUAUGUGCAGUUAUCCAGGAAGCCACCUUCCUCGGAGCAGAAGUGCAGUACUGUGUCGUGGGAUGAGCUGAAGUCCAUGGACUUACCCUCCUUCGAGCCUGCCUUCCUGGUGCUCUGUCGAGUCCUUCUGAAUGUGAUACAUGAGUGUCUGAAGUUAAGACUGGAACAGAGACCAGCUGGGGAACCGUCUCUCUUGAGUAUUAAGCAGCUGGUGAGGGAGUGUAAAGAGGUGCUCAGGGGCGGCCUGCUGAUGAAGCAGUACUACCAGUUCAUGCUGCACGAGGUGCUCGACCACCUGGACGGGACGGACUGCAACAUGGACGCCUUCGAGGAGGACCUGCAUAAAAUGCUGAUGGUGUAUUUUGAUUACAUGAGAAGCUGGAUCCAAAUGCUGCAGCACUUACCUCAAGCGUCCCACAGUCUGAAAAACCUGUUAGAAGAAGAAUGGAAUUUCACCAAAGAAAUAACCCAUUACAUCCGGGGAGGAGAAGCACAGGCUGGAAAGCUUUUCUGUGACAUCGCGGGGAUGCUGCUCAAGUCGACAGGAAGUUUUUUAGAGGUCGGCUUGCAGGAGAGCUGCGCAGAGUUCUGGACCAGCGCUGAUGACAGCAAUGCCUCUGACGAAAUCAGGCGAUCGGUUAUAGAGAUUAGUCGAGCACUGAAGGAGCUCUUUCACGAAGCUAGAGAAAGAGCCUCCAAGGCACUUGGAUUUGCUAAAAUGUUGAGAAAGGACCUGGAAAUAGCAGCAGAGUUCAUAUUUUCAGCCCCAGUUAGAGACCUUCUGGACGUUCUGAAAUCAAAACAGUAUGUUAAGGUACAGAUUCCUGGCUUGGAAAACUUGCAGGCGUUUGUCCCAGGCAAUCUUGCCACGGAGAAGAGCAUUAUCUUGCAGCUCCUCAAUGCAGCCGCGGGAAAGGAUUGCUCGAAGGAGUCAGAUGACGCCCUGAUUGAUGCCUAUCUCCUGCUCACCAAGCACAGCGACCGCGCUCUGGACCCGGAAGACAGCUGGGCCACGUGGGAAGCACAGCCGGUCAAAAUCGUGCCUCAGGUGGAGACGGUCGAUACCCUGAGAAGCAUGCAGGUGGAUAAUCUUUUACUAGUGGUCAUGCAGUCUGCCCACCUUACGAGCCAGAGAAAAACUUUCCAGCAGUCCAUCGAGGGACUCAUGACUCUCCGCCAGGAGCAGACAUCCAGUCAGCCGGUCAUCGCCAGAGCUUUGCAGCAGCUAAAGAAUGAUGCACUAGAGCUUUGCAACAGAAUAAGCGAUGCCAUUGACCGAGUGGACCACAUGUUCACUUCAGAAUUCGAUGCCGAAGUCGAUGAGUCUGAGUCUGUCACGUUGCAGCAGUACUACCGGGAAGCAAUGAUUCAGGGUUACAACUUUGGGUUCGAGUAUCAUAAAGAAGUUGUUCGUUUGAUGUCUGGAGAGUUUAGACAGAAGAUAGGAGACAAAUAUAUAAGCUUUGCCCGGAAAUGGAUGAACUAUGUCCUCACUAAAUGUGAGAGUGGUCGAGGUACAAGACCCAGGUGGGCAACCCAAGGUUUUGACUUUCUACAAGCCAUUGAACCUGCCUUUAUUUCAGCUUUGCCAGAAGAUGACUUCUUGAGUCUUCAAGCCCUGAUGAAUGAGUGCAUUGGCCAUGUGAUAGGAAAGCCACACAGUCCUGUUACAGGUUUGUACCUUGCUCUUCAUCGGAACAGCCCCCGUCCCGUGAAGGUGCCACGGUGCCACAGCGACCCUCCUAACCCGCAUCUGAUCAUCCCGACUCCAGAGGGAUUCAGCACUCGGAGCGUGCCUUCAGACGCGCGGAGCCACGGCAGCCUCGCUGCUGCUUCUGUCACUGCGGCCGCCGCCGCCGCUCGCCCCGGCCCCUCGGGCAGCGACUCUGCACCACCCAAACCCGCCAGCAGUGCCCAUGAUACCAGGGGUUCCAGUGUCCCCGAGAAUGACCGGUUGGCUUCCAUAGCCGCUGAGUUACAGUUUCGGUCCCUGAGCCGCCACUCAAGCCCCACCGAGGAGCGUGAGGAACCAGCUUAUCCAAAAGGUGAUUCAAGUGGGUCAGCUCGAAGAAGCUGGGAACUUCGGACACUUAUCAGCCAGUCGAAGGACAGUGCUUCCAAACAAGGACCCAUAGAAGCUAUCCAGAAGUCAGUCCGAUUGUUUGAAGAAAAGAGGUAUCGAGAGAUGAGGAGAAAGAAUAUCAUUGGUCAAGUUUGUGACACCCCUAAAUCUUACGAUAACGUCAUGCAUGUAGGCUUGAGGAAGGUGACCUUCAAGUGGCAAAGAGGAAACAAAAUUGGGGAGGGGCAGUACGGGAAGGUCUACACCUGCAUCAGUGUCGACACCGGCGAGCUGAUGGCUAUGAAGGAGAUUCGAUUUCAACCGAAUGACCAUAAAACUAUCAAGGAAACUGCAGACGAAUUGAAAAUCUUUGAGGGCAUCAAACACCCCAACCUGGUUCGGUAUUUUGGUGUGGAGCUUCAUAGAGAAGAAAUGUAUAUCUUCAUGGAGUACUGUGAUGAGGGGACAUUAGAAGAGGUGUCUAGGCUGGGGCUCCAGGAACAUGUCAUCAGGCUGUAUUCAAAGCAGAUCACCGUUGCCAUCAAUGUCCUCCAUGAGCACGGCAUAGUCCAUCGUGACAUCAAAGGUGCCAACAUCUUCCUCACCUCCUCCGGACUCAUCAAGCUGGGCGACUUCGGGUGCUCAGUCAAGCUCAAGAACAACGCGCAGACCAUGCCGGGCGAAGUGAACAGCACGCUGGGGACAGCAGCAUACAUGGCUCCUGAGGUCAUCACUCGAGCAAAAGGAGAAGGCCAUGGGCGUGCUGCGGACAUCUGGAGUCUGGGGUGUGUCGUCAUAGAGAUGGUGACAGGCAAGAGGCCUUGGCAUGAAUAUGAACACAAUUUUCAGAUUAUGUAUAAAGUGGGAAUGGGGCACAAGCCACCGAUCCCUGAAAGAUUAAGCCCGGAAGGAAAGGACUUCCUCUCUCACUGCCUUGAGAGUGAGCCCAGGAUGAGGUGGACGGCCAGCCAGCUCCUCGACCAUUCCUUCGUCAAGGUCUGCACAGAUGAAGAAUGAAGCUCACCGGUCCACGGCCUGGUAGUGUGUGCUCGGAGAACUCUCGUAAUCACUACUGUAUGUAAUAUUUACAUAAAGACUGUGCUGAGCAGUAUAAGCCUUUUUAACCUUCCAAGACUGAAGACUGCACAGGUGACAAGCGUCACUUCUCCUGCUGCUCCUGUUUGUUUGAUGUGGCCCGGGGCCCUUCCGAGUGACGGUGUCCGCGAGGUAAAGACGCUGCAUGUUAAGUGCCAUGACUACUGUACACGGACCAUCGCCCCUGUCACCUGCUUCUCGUGGGACCGAGAAUCGUGACAUCAGUGUAGGAUUUUGACCUUCCUGGGUUCAAAAGCAGCUGUAGUAUUAUCAGGUGUCCCGGGCCUUGUUGUUAAACUCUUGUUUGUCGAGUGCACUGACUGUGAAACCUUACCUUUUUGUUGUUGUUGGCAAGCCACAGGUUUGUCAUGCAAAGGCUGAUUAAUGAAAUUUAAGAAAAAGGUUCUUUUUUCAAUAAAUGGUUUAUUUUAGGAAAGCUCA